AUGUCAACAAACGGUCUAAACACAUCUGGAGACACGGAUAUGGCUGAGUGCGACGGUGAAAAAGUUGUAACAAUGAUGGACGUACUACAAGAACAACAAGAUUUUGAAGAAGACGCUAAUGCUGUUCUUGGAGCAUCUGAUGAUAAAAACUGCACCUAUACAAAGGGAUAUAUAAAAAGACAAGCACUCUACGCUUGUAUGACCUGCUGCUCAGAUGCUAAAAUUGAUCCUUCAAAACGAGCUGGUGUUUGCCUUGCAUGUAGCUUGGCCUGCCAUGAAAACCAUGAAUUGAUUGAAUUGUAUACUAAAAGAAACUUUCGUUGUGACUGUGGUAAUCCCAAAUUCAAUUCUCAUCCCUGCCAAUUCAAUCCAAACAAAACUGAGCUUAACGAAGACAAUAAAUACAAUCAGAAUUACAGUGGAUUAUAUUGUAUUUGCCAACGGCCCUAUCCUGACCCAGAGUCAACUGUAGAAGAUGAAAUGAUACAAUGCAUUGUUUGUGAGGACUGGCUUCAUGCAUCACAUUUAGAUGCAGUUGUGCCUUCCAAUGAUCUUUACUCUGAAAUGAUAUGUAAAAAUUGUAUGGAAAAAAAUGAAUUUCUGCAUGAUUAUAGUAGUAUAGCUGUUACUGCUGACAGUGUUGAUGUUGAUGUUAGCUCUGAUAUUACCAUGUCUAAUGGCAGCACAUCUAACUCCUUAGAAACACCAAAAGAAAUAAAAGAACAAAUCAAUACAACAGAAGCUAUUCCUGAAUGUGAAGAUAAGGGUGAUACAGAUGUUGAAAUGAAUGAUCAAACUAAAAUUACUGAUCAAAAUGGUAAAACAGAAAAAUCUAAUAUUCUAAAUGAUGAGGAGAAAAAUCAAAAUGAAACUAAUAGCACUGAUAAAGAAGAGCAAAAAGAUGAAAGUGACACUUCAGAUAGAAAGCUAUUGUCUGAAGUAAAUCAAAAUGAACUAACUUUGGAAAAUGACAAAGGAGAAAGUUCGACAUUAAGUACAAACAUGGAAGAAAGUCUUAAGGACAAAGAAGAAAUCACAAAAUUAGAUACGGACAUGGAAGAAAAUAUUAAAGAAAAUGAAAAUUCAAAUGAAAUAGUUAAAGAAAACAUUGUCUCUAAACCAAUGUUAAAAGAAACUCAGGAGAAGAAAGAUAUAAGUAACAGUCCUAAUUCUAGUUGCACUAUUGUGAAUAGUGCCUCAGAUAAAAAUAUAUCUGAAAACGAAAAUAUUGUCUGUGACACCAAAGAAGAUAAGAAUAAAGAAAAAGAAGAAGAAAUAGUAAAUAAAAUAGAAGACGAAAUCUCUGAAACUAAUGAUAAAGAAAUAAAUGAAGAUGCUAAGGACACUGAUGAUAAUACGGCAGAAGAAUUAAAAAGAGAGUUAAAUCCUGUUUUAGAAGAAGUAAGGAGUCAAGAUGUCGAUAAAACAUGUGAGAUCGUAGAUAAAACAACAUGUGAGGUUGAAGAUAAAACAACAUGUGAGGUUGAAGAUAAAACAACAUCUGAGGUUGAAGAUAAAACAACAUGUGAGGCUGAAGAUGAAACUACUACAACAACUACUGCACUAACAACAAAUAAAGAAAAAACUAAGGAAGAAAUAACUGCAGAUGAACAGAUGACGGCAAAAAUGGAAGAAGAUUUGUUGAACGAAGAUGAUGAUGCAGUGGUUACUGACAAAAAAUAUGAAGAUAAUUUGAACGAAUCUACAAAACCGCAAAGCCCAAGUAAACACUCGCCAGCUAUUAAUGAUAUAGAAAAACCAGAAAAUUCCGAGUUGACAAUGGAUCACUCUGAUAUUACUCAAAACACCACAGACUUGAAAGAUGAAAAUAAAACAGAUGACAGUGAACACAAAACUGAAAGUGAUACAACUAAUACUGCACUCCAAGACACAGGACCGGAAAACAGUACACCAGUUAAUGAACCUGAAAAAGAAGUUAUUUCUACAGAAUCUACAAAGACAUCAGAAGUAAUUGAUGAUAAUAGUUUAUGCCCUGAUAAUGAUGAUAAGACUGAAAAUAUUACACAAGUCAAUGAAAUUAGUGAAGAAAAUAAAACAGACGAAAAGGUCAAUGAUCAUAAAGUAAGUGAUGAGAGUGAAAUUAAUCAUUCCAACAUAGAAAAUGAAGUUCCUAAUGAAAUUGAAUUAGGAAGUGCUAAUGAAAACAAAAGAAAGUUGUCAACAGGGGAGACUAAAGAAGAUUUUGUAGCCAAAAAGAUCAAACUUGAAGAAGUAAAGACAUGUGUAAGGCCAAAGGGUGUUAAGAGACAGUUCAAAGGGGCAACAUUUUGGCCCUCCAACUUCCGUCAAAAACUUUGUACAUGUAAUGAAUGUCUAUCAAUGUAUAAGGACUUGUGUGUGCUCUUUUUGAUAGACCCAGAGGAUACAGUAACUGCAUAUGAAACAUUAGGAAUGGAAAAAACUCAAGGAAAGCCAUCAUCUCAGUAUGAGAAAGGUUUACAAGCUCUUUCAUCUCUGGACAGGAUUCAGCAAAUAAAUGCUCUCACAGAGUACAACAAAAUGAGGGACAAAUUGUUAGACUUCUUGAAGAGCUUCAAAGAUAGGAAAGAGAUUGUGAAAGAGGAAGACAUAAAAGCCUUUUUCGCUGGAAUGAAACCAAAAAGGGAGCCAGAUGGCGUAUAUUUCUGCAGAUGA